AUGUACGACGAAUUCGAAGAGCAAUCCUUGGAAGGACUGAACGAAAAAAUCAUGAGUUUGGUGAAAUCCUACAAGGGUGAUUAUUCGGAAAUUGAAGUAUUAAAGAUGGUUGUCAUUCAGUCCAACCUGCUGCUUGCCACUUACAACGUCCGAAAUCAUUUUGUGCAUAAUGUGGAGUACGCUUCUGAGGCAAUUCGUAAUGAGGAAACUGGAGAAGUGAGAAAGGACAUGGAAGACUUGGCGAACAGAAUGACGGUUGUUCGUAUUGAGGAUUUCUCGGAGAUGGACGAUGCUCACUAUUCUGCUCUCAUCAACGUAGCCAUUAGUGAUGAGAAAACGCUGCAGGUAAUGACGGUUUAUGACCGUAUGGUAGAGGAGAUUGCAAGGAAGAAGAAGGAGGAGAAGGAGGAGAAGGAGGAGAAGGAGGAGAAGGAAGAGGAAGAUGAGGAGGAAGAGUUAGUGUCUACGCGUGUCCACUAUCAGUUGAAGGUGGGCACAUUGGGAGAGAACCUGACACAAGUUGUUGACUUCAUUUUCACUCGAGAGAGUCCUUUCCCUCCCGGUUAUCACCCGGAGUGCUACGAGUAUCCGUCUGCAGAGGGAAGAUGCUGUGAAGGUUGCUGCAUGAAGGAGGAUUGCUGUGGAGGCUGCUGCAUGAAGGAGGAGGACGAGGAGUGUUGUGAAGGUUGCUGCAAGAAGGAGGAUUGCUGUGGAGGUUGUUGCAAGAAGGAAGGCUGCUGCAAGAAGGAGGAUUGCUGUGGAGGCUGUUGCAAGAAGGAAGGCUGCUGCAAGAAGGAGGAGUGCUGUGACAACAAGGAAGGAGAAGAAGAAGAAGAAGAGGAGGAGGAGGAGGAGGACGACGUGCAGGAAGAAAUCGAGAGACUUGAUUUUGACAUGGAUGUGAUGGAUAAAUUCACCAAGGAAUGCCAGGUCAGCAUCAGCUCGGAAGAUUUCCUCUGCUAUCUCUUCUCGAUGCAGUUCAUAUCCUUUAGUAGUAGGUAA